CUGCUGGGCGAGAUCCGUGGAGAAGGAGAAGACUCCACAGACACUUCCUUAGAGGGUAAAGCUGCAUCCUUUUAUGUACUGGCUCCUGGAAUUAUGGAUCAGAUGAGAUUCCCUCAUCAUAUAAUCAUCUCCACACCUUUGUUUUCCUUCUCUCUCUUGCACAUUUACAUCAAGCCUGUCUAGAGAGUUCUUUUCUAUGUGUAUAUAUAGAAAUUGAAAUUGUUUAGUCUAGGAAUUAUGCCCUUUUGCUAAACUAUGUGUAAAACUGGGUAUUCUGAUGUUGUCUAACAUUUUCUCUAAACAGAAUGUUUUAUUAGCAAAGGAGUAGCAGAACCAAUAAAUUUUGACUUUGUGUAAUUUGCUGAGUUCCUCUGUGGAUUAUCUAGGCAAAAGUGAACUCAAAUUACAGCCUUUCUCUUAGAAUAGGCAGUUAUUUUUUGGCAUUUUUUAAAGAACUUUGUGGUUUCUUUAAGUUAGAAAAUAUUUUUUGUCCUUUUUGCUAUAUUGGGGUCUGUGUUUGUAUUUUAUGUUUCACAGUAUUUCUGGGCUGAAUGAAAAGUCCUGUGAGGAGAGUUGGUAGUAGAGAAGUUAGAUCCUCAUCACUUUGAGUUGUACAAGUCAUAGGGGAAGACUGUCGAGUAUUGAAUGUAUUGGCUAGUUCUUUGGUUAUAUUAACAAGAUCAAAAAAAAUUUGAUCCUUUAGUUCCAGUUUAAUCAAGCAAAUGAAUGAGGAGAGGACUGUCUUUCUGAAGAACUUCUGUUGAUCCAUAGGACAAUGUUGUAUUUCACCUUCAGAAAAUGAUAAAAUUGUCUGUAUUAGUAGUGGCUGUAUUUACUGAAUAACUGGCUAAAUGGAAAGCUUACAUCAGUAACUGAGAAUAUUUGCCAAACUUGAACAUAGGUUAUAACUACUAGAAAAUAAAUAUUGGAUGAAUUUAUGCCUUCUGCCCUUCUUUAUCUUGUUGCUAUCCACUAGAAAUACCUCUUGCAAAGUCUCUUCUUGGGCACGGUAUAACACCCGCAGAAAUACUCUGAUCAACUGGGAAUUCUGGGAAAGGAUUCAGAAGAAGUACCCAAAAGAGUGUGAGCGCAGAAUUAAUGGACAGGAUUUGGAAGAUGAAAUCUGUGUGGCUCGACCACAACACCAGCUGAGCAAGCCUGGGGAACUGAGACAGGAAUAUGAAGCAGAGAUUAGCAAGGUGGAGGCAGAAAGGCGAGCACAUGAACAAGAGGAGAACAAAGCAAGUGAGGAAUACAUUCAAAGACUACUAGCAGAAGAAGAGGAGGAACACAGAUUAGCAGAUGAAAGGCGGAAGGAGUUGGAGAAACAGCUAAAGCAAGAUGAAGAGUUGGCAUGGCAACUGAGUAACAGUCUGAACGAAGACAGCAGAGGAAAUGGGCUCAGCAGUCCUUCACCAGCAGGCAGCUUCUCAUCUGAAACAUCUCCAGUUAAUUUGUGCAAGAUCAAGAACAAAUCAAACAGCUUUGGAGACAUUCAGAAGUACCUGUCUUCAAAGUCUCACCCUAUGUUGGGAUCGACAUCAUGCUGUAGAACAACAGAAGGAGGCAGGACUGACUCUUGCUCUGUGGAGAGCAAUAGCAAUGAAAGUGGCAAUUCUGUGUGGCAAGAUGAGCAAGAGGAAAUGCCAACACUGUCUCCACAGCUGACCAGCGUGAUUAAAGAUUGCAGUGCUAAUGAUUCUUUUCUAGAGUCAUGCAUGAACUAUUUAAGUGCCUCAGCUCCAGUGGAAUUUGCCACUGUCAAGCAUGAAAAAGCACAAGGACCAAACUAUGCAGGAGAUGAAGUUCCAAAUGCACUUUGUGAGAUCACAAAAGGAGAAGGGUCUAUAACAGUACUUCGUAGAUCCAAAGAAGAAGCAGACGAAAUUGAGUUGGACAGUGGCAGUUUAAUGCAUGUAGAAAGCAUAAACCUUGAAAACUCGGCUGAAACUACGACUUAUAUUCAGCCAGCAAACAAUUCCAUGGUGUCUGAUAGCAGAAGUGUAAUUUGUGGUCUCAUGAAGGUGGCCAGAAAACCAGAUGAAGAGAAACAAGAUAAAGUAGAGAACCCUAAGGAGACCCCAAAAAGAAAGUUGGGGGAACCACCAGCUGAAGCAGUGGUUGACUUGGGCUUGCUUGAUAAGAGGAGAAGAAUUUUUCCAGAAACUUCAGAGGACCAAGGGGAGCAGAUAAACUAUUUCAGUGUGCAAAUGCAGAAAGCUUUUGAGCAGGAGCUGUAUGAAAGGCGUGUGCAAGAGGAGCAGGAUAGGCUUUUGGCUCUGCAGCUACAAAGACAGAUCAACAAGGAAGAAAGGACACUUAAUAGACAAAAGGGCUCUCCAGAUGAGUACCUUCUUCGCACCAAACCUCCUCAGUCUGUGAAAGAGCCCCCUAUUAGAAAGGGAAGUUUUAAAAUGGCAAAGGACUCAAAGCUACCAAAAAUCCAGACUCAAACAAAUCACCGCAAGAUUUGGAAAGGUUCUUGCAAUGAAAACUGGCAGUCUCCUACCAGAGUCCGAAUGAAAUCACCCAGCAUCAAAGGAGGAAAAGUUCUGAAUUGUGUUGUUAAUACCAGUGACUCAAAUGAUAUUUGUUCAUUGCCAAAAAAUAAGCAAAAGACAAUUCUUCAGAUGUUUAAAAGAUCAGUUGCAGAGUAGGUCAACAGAACUAUGGAGGCAUGGUGAAAUGAAUGAGAAUUAAAGCUAUCAUAAUGCUUUUUCUUGUGUUAGGCAGAACUUCCUGUAAAAUUCUAAAGUUGAUGGUUUUGAGGGGGAUCACUUUGGGCCACAAGUGCAACCAGAACUGUAUUGUGCACUCUGAGAAGUUUUAGUAACUUAUGCCCCUAGACCUUAACAAUUUUAAUUGGUCUUUUCUUGAUUGCAGUUUAUUUUCUAGCACUUUAUUUACAUAGUUUUGAAUGUAAAUGCUGUUUAAAAACCAAAAUAACUUAUAGUCUUGUCUUAGAAUGAGAAUUUAGAGCCUUUUAUGGGAAAGAUGCACAUCCACUGGAGGAAGCAAAAAAAAUCUAGUAUAUCUCCAGCUAUCUGCCAACUACAAGGCUGAGGCUUCACUCAGCACAACCACAAUUUUGUUGAACUGAAGCAAACUUCUAGAAUUUAAGUUGUUUGAAUGACAUUGUUUGCCUGGCAGUUAGUGAGUAUUACUGGACAACUGGCUUUGCAGAGUUACUCUUUUUCCUCUCACUGUAAUACACUAUUAUCCUUCUUUUAGACAAAGACAGAAAACUAGUGCAUCCCCCGCUGCCAAAGAAGGAUCUUUCAUGGAUGACUAAUAUAAGUGGUUGUGAGCUUGUAUUUGCCUCAGUUCACAGAGGUCGCUUCUGCAAAUCUGAUUUUCAGUGUAGAUAGGAAAAAUGUACUCUUGUUUUCUUAUUGCUAAUGUUCUUAUUGUUAUAUGAUAAACUAGAUAGCAGUAAAUAUAGGUAAUAUUUCCUUCUCAACCUGGUUUGAGUUUAAUUUUUUUUAUUAUUAUAUGCUUUUAAAAAAGCCAAAAGGGGAAAAACAGCUGAAAACUUGAGUUAUUGGGUUAUUGGUAGUGAAUUAACAAGUACAAUUAAGGAUUUAUUUAAUUCUCAGCUUUACUUUAGCUAUGGUUCCUCCUUUUUUUAGUGGGACUAACAAAUACUAUCUUCUGGUUGACUUUAAAAAGUAACGUUAUUCAAAUAAACAAUAAUUUAGACAAUGCAGGGAAGUUGAGGUCUGUGAAAAGUGGGCUAGCUACUAGUCAAUCAACUAAUAGUUCGUAUUAUAUUUCUUUCUCUGUUCUUAUUAUGAAACCAACUUUUGGCCUUUGUUUUGUAGGGGAAAAAAAACACCCAAAACAAUAGUUGCUUCCCCCUCUUUUUGACUAAACAUUUUUGAAAGAACAAAACAGUCUGUGUUGAAGUAUGUUUGUGUUGGCUGAUGUUAGCGAAUGUUUUUAAGUGUAUGCUUAUUUGGACCUCAAUGAAGAUCUAUAGAUUUUUAACUCAAUUCUGGAAAAUGUACAAAAAAAUAAAAAAGGAAAGCAGUAACUUCUGACACUUAAAAAAAAAAAAAAAAGAAAAAAAAGAAAAGAAAAAGAAAGAAAAAAAAAUCUCUUGAAAGCAUGAACAGCCCACUAAGCCAGAAAGCACAUGGUCUUUUUCGUUGUUUGUUUUUACUGGUUUAUUACAGCUCAGGAAUGGUGGGUUUCUCCUAAGUGGCCUAUUCCAAGAUGCUUUUUGAGGAAAGUUACAACAGGUGACCAGUUGUAAAUCAUUGAUUUUUCUUCUGUUGUUGCUGCCUCAACCAUUGUGCUGGAAGCCUUUGUUCAAUAUAGAUCUGUUUCUGUGCAGUCCUUAAGUUUCUUUGGUUUGUUUUCUAUUCUGCUCAUCCAGCCAGUCAAAUAUAAUCAUCCAUUGAUUAAAGUGUCUCUUUAAGGCAGAGGUACUGACUGUUUUCAUGCUAGUGAUACUUGGCUCUUCCAGUCAUGAUAAGCAUAAUAAGUAAAUUCUCUGUUUUCAAAA